AUGGCCGUUGCUCUUGGAAAGCGAAAGCGCGCCGAGGCGAAGACGGCUGCGACGGGCAGCAGCAAGCGUCCUGCGAAACAGGAGAAGCCCGACGAUUCGGAUUCGGAGGACAUGCGCGAUGCCUUCCGCCGCGCUUUCGAAGCCAAAUUCAAGCCGCUGCAUGGCACGACGAAGAAGGAGAAGGCGCCGGAGCCCGAGGAGGAAGGAAGCGGUGACAGCGACGAGGACGACGACGAUUGGGAAGGGAUAUCCGAAGACGACGAAGAGCCCGAAAACACGGUCGAAGUCGUCGAAGUCGCCGGGCCCACGCGCUCGGAGCGGUUGAGCAAAGCGGAACUGAAAGCCUUCAUGUCCUCCAAGCCGCCGACCCAGCCUUCCAAAACCCCCACCACCGCCUCCUCCUCCUCCUCCUCAAAGAACAAAAAAGGCAAAGGCGGCGCCGACGACGACCCCGACGACCCCGCCGCCGACGCCAUGAACCUCAAAAACGACCUCGCGCUGCAGCGCCUCCUCCAAGAAUCGCACCUCCUCGACGCAUCAUCGUCGUCAUCGCCGCUCGCCGACCCGCUCGCCGGCCCCACCGGCAAGAACCGCCACAAGGCCACCGCCCUGCGCCUCCAGGCCCUCUGCAGCGGCGGCGGCUCCAAGGCAUCCUCCGUCCUCUCGCAGCAGCAGAAGAUGCCCAUGGCGCACCGCAAGGGCAUCAAGGCCAAGGCGGCCGCCAAGGAGGCCACGCGCCGCCGCGAGGCGCGCGAGAACGGCAUCGUCUUGGAGAGGGUUCGGAAGGAUCCGGCGGCGGCGGCGGGUGAUGCUGCUGCCGCUAAGAAGAAGAGGGAGCGCGGGGUUGGCGGGCCUGGCGUUGGGAGGUUCAGUGGGGGCACUUUGCGCUUGAGUAAGAGGGAUGUUGCGAGUAUCACUGGGGAGGGGAGGGGUGGGUUUGGGGGGAAGAAGGGCGGGAAGAGGAGGUAG